AUGGUCUUUAGGGGAAGAGCUCGUGUGCCGGGGUCGUCCGUGGGCGGUAAAUACCGCGCUGGAGGUCUUCCGAGAGGCUGGAGUUGGGUUCUGUCCUUCAGCCUCAUCCCGGAUACAGCCAAGGGGCGGAGCCUUUGGUCGCGCGCUCUGCAAAAGACACAACACACAUUAAUCAGUGCACCGGGAGAGUCCUCUCUCCCUUUGCUAGAGGAGGAUCGUCCUUUUAUACUCUUCCUUCGUCUGCUGGAUGGUGGAGAGCAGACGCGCUGCUCAUCAGCCGCCAGCCGUGUGUAUUUCGGCGGCUUCCCCCCGCCGCCACGCGCUCGCCGGCUGUCCAAAACACGGGGGUGCUGAAGCCGAGCUGUCGCUACACUGAAUACUGAAGUGUAUGAAAUAGUGCUCUUUACUACUUUGCAUAAGUUUUGUCCUGUUCGUUGCCAGACAUUUAAAAAUGUAUAUUAAAAACAUAUCAUAAGCUUUAUUCUGGUGCACUAACCCUGAAAGGCCACUAGAUGGAGAAGUCAGAUCAGUAAUGCAGGAGCCUGUAGAUGACUGUCACUGUGUCAUGUCAAAUCUCAUGUGAGACACAUAAGAUGCAUGUUUUUAAGACAUGAAUAUGAUUAUUUAUACAAUAGUUGAUUGUUUAUUGGCAUUAGAUCAUUUGAAAGGAUUUAGAACAUAAACUCAGUUCUGCUGUGCAACAGAGAUGAGGAACUUCCUCACAUCUAUGUGUUCAGUGUCAUACUGCUAUAUCUGCACUUCCUGUAGUAGCUGUGAGUGUGAGUGUCAUCUCUAGAGUGUGUUCAUUAUGAUCAGACUCGGUGCAGCAGUUGGUCAGUGUGUGUUUAGCUCCAAUCCUCUCUUUGGAUUAAUGUGUGUGUUUGGGUCCUCAGUCAGAAUGCAGGUGUGUUUUCUUCUCCUCCUGAUACAGCUUCAUGUCACUGAAGGCUGCACACUGGAAGGAAACGGAGACACAAUACCGAUCACUGCAUACACAGGAGGUUCAGUACUGCUGCCCUGCUCCUGCACUGACCUCCACACCAAACCUGAGGCACACACAUGGAAGAAAUACAUAAAUGAAACUAACUGGGUAGAGAUAUCUCCUGAGAGUGAGCAGUACAAAGACAGAUUUCAGCUGGUUAAUGAUCUCUCUUCAGGAAAUCUCUCUCUGCUCAUAUCACACAUGACUGUAGGGGAUGAUGGAGAUUACAGGUGUAGUCUUAACAAUACUGUAUUCAGAAACAUCAGACUCACUGUUAAAGGUUGCACACUGAAUCGUCAGACACUGACUGUGACUGGAUACGUGGGACAGUCUGUCCUUCUGCCCUGCUCCUGCUCUGAACUACAAGCCAAACCACACACUUUCAGAUGGGUCUAUUUUAAAGGCUCUGAUCGCAUAACGAUCUUCCCAAAGGACGAGACAAAUCGCUACACAGACAGAGUUCAGAUCUUUAAUGAUCAUCUUCCAGGAAAUCUCUCUCUGCUCAUAUCACACCUGACUGUAGAGGAUGGAGGAUGGUACGGGUGUGAGAUCAGCAACAAUAUCGAUGAAAACAUCAAACUUAUAGUAAAAGACGCACCAACAAGACCUUCAGCAUCCAGACCAGUGAUCACAACAACUUCACCUAAUCCUGAACCAGUUCCUCACACCAUCAUCAUCAUCAUCAUCAUCUGUACUGCUGUUGGGGUUCUGCUGCUGCUGCUGAUACUCGGAGGAGUCAUGUACUGGAAACACAGAGGACAGAGACGAGGACAGACCGAGACCGGUGAUGGACAAACAGGACAGAGGAUACAGCAGAAGAAGCAGAAUGAUUGUGAUGUUCUGUACACAGCUAUAAAUCCACAAACUAAACGCAACAAAGCAGAAGAAAAGGAUGAGGUGACAUACUCGACUGUAGUCCACAGUAACACUGUGAGAGCAGCACACACUCCAGUGGAGUCAGGAGAUACUGCAGUAUAUGCCAUCAUCAAAACUAACUAACUAACACACACACACACACACACACACACACACACACACACACACACACACACACUCACACACACUCACACAUUUCUACUAUAUUCGUGAGGUUUUCACACUGCUUUAUUCCAAAGUGUCUACAACUCUU